AUGGGUAAGAAGACCAAAGCGAAAACCCAUGUAAGAGAUGGCAUCAUGGACUUCAUUCAUCGUCUGAAGGACUUCUUGCAAAAACCUGGACCGAUCGAUGGAAAUCAAAUGAAAAUUCGAUUGGAAAAACUGGAAGAGAAAUGGAAAGAAUUCGAAGAAAUACAAUGCGAAAUCGAAUUCUCAGAGGAACAAGAGGAGAACAUGGAGCUCCACAGCCAAGUCACCACAGAGUUUGAGGAGAAAUAUUUUGAGGAAAGGGCAGGGCUAGAGAUCUUCAAAGAAUCCAGUACAACCACCAAAUUUCGGGUGGUAUUUGAUGGGUCUGCAAAAACGACAACAAACCGUUCCCUUAAUGAUGCGCUGCUCACAGGUCCCGUGAUUCAAGACGAUCUUUUCGAAUUGAUGAUUCGAUCCCGAAAAAAUGCAGUUGCUCUGGUGGCCGACAUCGAGAAGAUGUACAGGCAAAUACGUGUGCAUCCUGACGAUGCUUGCCUGCAGAGAAUCCUAUGGCGAUUCACAUCUUCAGAGAGCAUAAAGGUGUACGAGCUUCAAACGGUCACUUACGGGUUAUCUCCCUCAUCUUUCAUCGCUACUCGCGUGCUUCAACAGCUUGGUGUGAGCUACAGCGAUAAAUUCAAAUUGGCGUCCUAUGCUGCACAAGAGGAUUUUUAUAUGGACGAUUUUCUGUCUGGCACCGAUUCAGUUGAAAAAGCAAAGCAAUUACUCCACGAAAUGCAGUGA